AGCAGUACUGACUCCAGGAAGCCAGUCGCUCCAGGACCUGAGAAGCGUAUCUUCAUACCUUUUGAAAGUACUUCUUGGAAGAUUGGGAGGGGUGGAGACCCUGGAUUGGGGAAGAUCCCGAAGGAAAGCUGUGGAGGGAGAACCCAGCUACCUGCUGCUGGUGCUAAGCACUGGCCGCCUGGCUUUGCGAUAUUUUAGAUUGCUGAGUGGCCAUACACCACCAUAUUAAGGAAAACGGAUUUGGGAACAAGGUAGCACCGAUUCUUAUUCUACUUUAGUGUGGGGAGGGGUGUGUGAGUGGGUUACCUCUGUGAAGACGGAAGGAUUCUGAAGGAACCUUCCAUUGAGGGAUACCAGAUUUGGGAUAACCUGACGUUUCAAGACACCGGAUCAGACAGGGAGCCCGAUAACCACUUUCCUGAGCCUCUUCCCUAUCUCCCCUCUCCUCUCCCAGGCUAAUCAUCUCCAUGGCGCUGCCCCGGGCUCCUCCACUUCAGGCUUGGGCCUUGACAUUCCCUGCUCCCACCGCUUUCGCAUCUUCCACUUCCCGUCCCUUGGACUCCGAGAGUCCAGGGAUUCCCGGGGAGAUUCCCACGAAGGUGAAGCGGCCCAUGAAUGCAUUCAUGGUGUGGAGCUCGGGCCAGCGUCGCCAGAUGGCGCAGCUUCACCCCAAGAUGCACAACUCAGAAAUCUCCAAGCGCUUGGGCGCGCAGUGGAAAUCGCUGGGGGAGGCUGAGAAGCGACCCUUCGUAGAAGAGGCGAAGCGGCUCCGGGCGCGGCACCUGCGCGACUAUCCCGACUACAAGUACCAGCCGCGUCGCAAGGCCAAGAACACCGACCUGGGCCACGAAGGUCUGGAGCUGGCCAAGGCAAGCAACGGCAGCAGCAACCACGGCGCCGAGCCAGUAUGGGGGACGGGGGGAUUUGGCUACCAGCCCCACUACUCAUCUUCCUAUCUGGCCGAAGACUGCGGAGCUCAUCACUGGAAGCCGGAAGCCCUUUCCUUUUGUUCCCUUCCUCUUGGAGCUCCACUCCAAGGGGAGCUCUUGAAUCCCUACAACCCUUAUUCCCCUGGCCCCACCUCCUACAAUCCUGCUCUCCUGGGUCCCACCCCCUGAUCCACCUCUAAUACCCUAGGGUCCAGGGGCCAUGAAGGGAAUACACAGAUGCUUCUCUCAUCCUUCACUCAGACCCCCUGCCUUAACAGCAGUGUCCCCAGCCACAAAUAUACCACCUUCAGGUGACUGGACACCUGAAUUAUGAGGGACCCGAUUAAGGGAGAAUGCUGGAUUAUUUUUGUAUUGAAGAUACAAAUUUUUAUAUAUCGUAGGUUUUGUAAGAUUAAACUCAGACUUUGAGUUCUG